AAGUGAAUGUCUAGUUCCCAGGAUAUAGAUUGAACCACCUGCAGACUGCAGCAUCUUCCAGAGAACAAUGUCGUCUCCGUUGCCAAGAAAUCUUCUAGCUCUGCUCCUCUUGACACUAACUCUUCAAACCUCUGAUGGGCAAUUUGAGGGAUGGUGCAUAGCUGAUGAGCAGACCCCAGAUGAUGAACUGGUGAAAGCGCUCGACUGGGCUUGUGGAAUAGGAGGUGCGGAUUGCAGCAAAAUACAAGUAAACAAGGCUUGCUACUUACCAAACACAAUAAGGGACCAUGCCUCUUAUGCCUUCAACAACUAUUAUCAGAAGUUCAAGAACAAAGGAGCUACUUGCUAUUUUAACUCAGCUGCAAUGAUCACUGAUCUUGACCCAAGUCAUAAUUCAUGCAAGUUUGAACAUCUUCUUUGAAUGAAGUGCACAACAAAAGGAUAAUAUUCCCUCACACGAGGGUGGGUUUCAGUGUAUGAGACUCACCCCAUGUGAGAUGCAAAUAGCAUUUUUCUAUAUGAAAUGGCAAAUGUCAUCAUCUUUGGUGACGUGUGCCAUAAUGCAUGCAAGUUUGAUACCUUCCUUGAAUGAAUUCAUCAAGUAAUUGCUGUAAAA